CCCACCCUCGCCCACCCCACCCCAUCUCACACGCAAUGUCGAGCCUCCGCUCCGUCGCCGGCCUGCGUGCUGCGCUCCGUGCGCCUGCUGCGCGCCUCGGCAGCGUGCGCGCCCACAGCACCACCGUCGACUCCUCCAACGCCGGCAGCGUGCACAUCACCGCCGCCGCCUCCGUCACGCCCGUCAACGUGCCGGCGUCGGGCAGCGAGAAGUUCAAGGUGCACCUCGACGAGGCCAGCUUCAAGGGCUACAAGCACGAGAUCCCCGCCCUCGAGAUCGAGACGAGCAAGGACCACCUCGUCCACCUCUACACCGAGAUGGUCAAGAUGCGCCGCAUGGAGAUGGCCGCCGAUCAGCUCUACAAGCAGAAGCUCAUCCGCGGCUUCUGCCACCUCGCCAUCGGCCAGGAGGCCGUGGCUGUGGGCAUGGAGUCGGGAAUGAAGCCGUCCGACAAGCUCAUCACCGCCUACCGCUGCCACCCCUUCACCGUGCAGCGCGGCGGCACCAUCAAGAGUGUCAUUGCCGAGCUGUUCGGCCGCGAGGCGGGCAUCAGCAAGGGCAAGGGCGGCAGCAUGCACAUGUUCACGCCGACGUUCUUCGGCGGCAACGGCAUUGUGGGCGCGCAGGUGCCCGUCGGUGCCGGCCUUGCCUUUGCGCAGCAGUACCUCGGCACGCAGGACGCCACGUUUGCCAUGUACGGCGACGGCGCCUCGAACCAGGGUCAGGUGUUCGAGGCCUUCAACAUGGCCAAGCUGUGGAAGCUGCCGUGCGUUUUCAUCUGCGAGAACAACAAGUACGGCAUGGGCACAUCGGCCGAGCGCAGCUCGAUGAACACGCAGUACUACACGCGCGGCGACGUCAUUCCCGGCCUGCAGGUCAACGCCAUGGACGUGCUGGCCGUCUCUGCCGCCACGGCACACGCCAGCAAGUUCGUCCUCUCCGGCGAGGGCCCGCUCGUCAUGGAGCUCGUCACCUACCGCUACGGCGGCCACUCGCUCUCGGACCCCGGCACCACGUACCGCACGCGCGACGAGAUCCAGAGCAUGCGCUCCUCGUCGGACCCCAUCCAGGGCCUCAAGAGCCGCAUCCUCGAGUGGGGCGUGGUGGACGAGGCGACGCUGAAGAAGGUCGACAAGGCGGCCAAGGAGGAGGUGGACCAGGCGGUGGAGGAGGCCAAGCAGAGCCCGGAGCCGGAUGUCAAGGAGCUCUGGACCGACAUCUACUACAAGGGCACUGAGCCCGACUUCAUGCGCGGCCGCGAGAAGGAGGAGAUCCACCGCUACCGCUAAGCGUCCAUCUGCCACGGCGCGUGCGGCCGCAUCGUCGCGCGCGCCAAGCCAUAGAUUUCCGUCACGACUCUUUGCUUCGUUUUGAGAGAGGAGAGGGGAAGGGGACGCGGACGCUCAUGCGGGCCGCGUCGAAUCACAUCGU